CCAAUUCCAGAUAUUCAAACAAUGAAGAUCCACCAGACAAUUCUGAGGGACUUUAUUCUUGUUGGCUUCUCUGCUGAUGCACACAUACAGGCAUUUCUCUCUGUGGCUUUCUUAUGGCUUUAUGUUCUCACCCUGAUUGGCAGUUGGCUCAUUUUGGUUCUUACAUGGUUGGAUAGGUCUCUCCACACUCCUAUGUAUCUCUUCCUUAGUGCACUUUCCUUCUUGGUGACCUGCUACACAUGGUCUGUCAUCCCCAAGACUGAAGAUCUGUCGGCCCAGAAAAGCAACAUUUCAGUCGCAGAUUGUGGCUUUCAGAUGUGUUUCUUCUUGGGACUUGGUGGCACCAACUGUAUCAUACUCACUUUGAUGCGCUAUUACUGCUUCCUGGCCACUUGCAACCCUCUCAGAUACCCACUGCUUAUGAUCAACACUGUAUGUGGAAAACUUGUGGCCUCUGCCUGGGCUGGAGGGUUCCUCAUCUCUCUGAUGGAGACUGCACUGAUCUUCAGGGGUUCUUUCUGCAGAUCCGCCCUCGUCAAACACUUCUUUUGCCAUUUGCCGGCAGUUGUGGGGCUGUCUUGUACAGGCAAUGACCCCUCAGAAUUAGUGUCGGGCUUGCUAGGGACUUUCCUGCUUAUUUGUAUGACUUACGUUUUCAUUCUUUCCACUGUCCUCAGGAUCCCUUCAGCUGAGGGUAAGCAGAAAGCUUUUUCAACAUGUGCCGCCCACCUCACAGUGGUAGUCGUUCAUUUCGGCUUUGCUUCUAUUGUUUUUCUGAAGCCAGAAGCCUCUGGGGGAGAUGAUACCUUCAUAGCAGUCCCUUACACUGUCAUUACCCCUUUCCUCAGCCCUGUAAUAUUCAACCUCAGGAACAAGGACAUGAAAAAUGCUUUUAGAAAGAUCAUUGGAAAGAUAGUUGCCCUGAAACGAUAA